CGUUCUGGUCCCGCCGUCACGUGCGGUGAGCGAUCCUAGUAUAUAAAGUUUUCAUUGAAGAUUCUACUGAUUCUUUGACAACAUUUUUUAAUCUUUUUUAAUAAAGCUAAACUAAAUACAGAAUCACCUUAUGCUCCCCUCCACUCUGACCACUUUCCACCGCCAAGCACACAGUGAGCGCCGUUUCGGAAUGUCGCUGCCUUCGUCAAAUAGCACUUCUGGGCUGCCCGUUGCGGCCGUGGCCGGAGUCAGGGCAUCGUCCCCACCCGGGGCGGCUGCAGCCAACAGUGCUCACCCCACGGCGGCGACGACGGUCACUUUCCCUCCAGAUUCGCAGAAGUCCGUGCUUGAACACCUCCUGGACCGUCCGCUGGUUGAAGGUGACUUCUGGUACGUGAUCGUAGCCGAGUGGCUGGAGCAACUGAAGAAGUUCGUUGGCAUCAACAGCUCCAGGAAGUACUACAACCAGAGGGCCCUAUCACCGCCAGGGCCGAUUGUGACCAGGAGGGACUAUGCCCACACAGUGGACGUCGUCCACGAAGACGCAUGGAGACUUCUAGUUCAGUGGUAUGGCAUCGCCGAUGGAAACAAAGCCAUGAAGCUGGUAGUGUACAAAUAUGCCCGAGGGCCGGAGAUCGAACACAACAUCAACUCUUUCAAAGUGAUGCUUAGCAGCUCUCCUCCAGAAGACUUCCAUAUAGUGCGUUUUAGCAAGAUGGAGAAGGUCGGCUACAUCGAGUUCAGGGCCCGACAACUCUACGCCAUUCCAAAGAGCCAGGAAUCUCGCUUGUGGGCCAAGGCAGAAGCGGAUGCAGAAUGGAGGCCUCUAUUUUGUCGGGAUAAAUCAAUCGGAGUUGUCUUGGACAUGGACUCGGACUUCACGCGCCCAGUGGUUGCAUUGGAAACUCUGGACUCUGAAGGGAAAUGGCUCGGGUCUCCCGAUUCUACGGAAGUACCAGAAGAUUCUAAAGUUCGCGGAUAUCUGAUAGAGAACAGCAUGUUUGAUGACGUGACAACGCCCUGGGAACUGGACAUCCAUGAACAAAUUGAUUACAUCGGAAAAACCUUUCUGGAGAAACUUCAUGGGAACUUCAACAUCUUUGUACAGAGAGCUAAAGACUACAUCGAAGCUAGAGAGGCACAACUGAGAGAGCGCGAGAGACAAGUCUGCUCCAGGGAGUCCGUCACGGAACGUUUGGCUACGAGAUUAGAACUAAAAGAACUUCGACUUAACGAAGAAGUGGCCAGGUGCGAAGAUAAAAUAAAGGAAUACGAAAGCAGACGCCUAGAGCUAGAAAGUCAAUUUCAAGAAAGACAACUCGAAGCAGAGAACAAGAUUGCAGAACUGGAGUCAGAUCUGCAACUAAGACGAGAAGAGUUUGAGGUUGAAAAGAUGAGAUUCCAGGAAGAACUUAAGAGAAUGUCUGACCUAUGUAAAGUUCAAGAAAACCGCAUUAAACUGGAUAUAGGUGGAAAUCUGUUCACAACAUCGUUAUUGACCUUAACUAAAGACCCGAACUCCAUGUUUGCAGCUAUGUUCAGUGGUCGCCAUGAAUUCAAAACAGAGCCCGAUGGGAGUUUCUUCAUCGACAGAGAUGGAACCCACUUCCGCUAUGUUCUCAACUACCUACGUGAUGGCUGUAUCAGGGAGGGAACUCUGCCUCCGAGUGACACAACGUGGAGAGAACUCUUGACUGAGGCAGAAUUUUAUCAACUGGACGAGCUCGCUAGCUUUCUAAAAGAACUCAUCAGCAAAAAGGAUUCCGAAGGUUGAUCCUACACAUAUACACUUGGCUUGUUAUCUAUGUUUUGUGUAUAUAAGUACAUAUGUAUGAUAAGAUACUCUUGUUGAUUGUUAUAGCUGUGUUGAAUGUGACAAUCAAAAUCAAACUGAACAAAGCAUUGAAGAAUAGAAAAGUAGUUUCGUCCCAAAAAAUGAAAUUUAAAAUAUUCAAUAUUACAUUACCUAAUUUGAUCCUUCCAUUCUUAGACGCCUUUAUUCUUAGCAAACAUCUCUUUGUAGACAACUACCCAAUGUGUAAUAUUACAAUUUUGAAAUUUGUGGAAAUUAUGUCGUUGCUUUUAGAUAUUGUAAAAAAAAUUAUUGUACAUUUGUUUAAAGUUGGUUCACGUACAGACGAGAACUUCACAAAUAAAUUUUGUUAACUGUAAUGAUGGAAAUAUAUUUAAUUAUCUGAUUUUGACGAAUUAUAAAAUAUAGCCUAGUCUUGUUGAGUUACAUCACAAACACGCAUUCAUAAGCAUUCAUACACAUGGUGUCAAGGAAACACACAUACAACUGAACAUGGUGUCAUGGAAACACACAUACAACUGAACAUGUUAUAAUACUAAGUUUUAAAAAAUGCCAGUUUUCUUGUCAAAAUCGAUUUUGAAAUGCUAUCACAAUAAAGAUUUAUACUUCUUUUUGAUA